AUGGCUAGUUAUCUGACGCGUUUCGCGAUACCGGCGUCUGCCGUGCCGGUGUUGGCAGCACUGCCGGCAGAACAGAAGCCUAUCGCCGUGCAAGUGCCAGGCUCCGAGGCGUACAAGGUUCAACAUGAAUUGAAGAAGGCGGAAAUCAUACCUACAGUCAUCAACGAGUUCCUACCCUCCUUUGUUCUUGAUGCGAAGUGGUCCUCAGAUAACUACGCAGACCUCGGCAACACAUUGAAAGUGGACGCCGCCCAAGAUGAACCUAGCAUCAAAAUACAUCCUAUUUCUGGCUCCAGUGCCCUGGCCGACGACGUGACCUACACAAUCACCAUCACCGACCCCGACGCACCGUCGCGGGAUGACCCCAAAUGGUCUGAGAUCUGCCACUUCAUCGCCACAGGUGUCAGUGUAUCCACCAAUAUCAGCGACUCCUCGUCAGAGUCAGUCACCCUCUCUGGUCUGAAGGAGAUCAUGCCGUACAAGGCACCAGGACCACCACCGAAGACCGGGAAACACCGAUACGUCUUUUUAGUUUUCGCGCCGGCCAAUGGCACCUCGGACUCGCUGAAUUUGACCAAGCCUGCGGACAGGAAACAUUGGGGUACGGGGAAGGAGGGAAAUGGCGUGAGAGACUGGGCUCUGGAUAAUGGGCUUGAGCCUGUUGCUGCGAACUUCAUAUACGCGCAGAAUGAAGAGCAGUGA